AUGGACGCAGAAAGCGUAUCUAGUGUGAGUCCAGACUUGCCAUUGCUUCUCACUUCAAUCAACGACAGAACUGUUCAGACGGCAAGGUGCAUUGUUAGAUGUCUCAACGGAGUAGCUGAAAACAUCCAGUCAACAUCUCCGCCAUGCUCCGUAGAUGAAAAAAAGAAAUCCGUUCCAGUAAAGACAUAUGAUAAACACUGGCAGACAUCUCGCGCUAACGUUCGGGAAAGAAAUCAGUUUAUGUUCAAGAGUGAACUUCUUAGUGACGUUAGGUUCAAAGUAGGCAAAUUUGAUGAAAAUUUUGAAAUAAUAUAUGCACAUAAAUAUGUCCUCGCUACGGCUAGCCCCGUAUUCUUCGCCAUGUUAUAUGGAGAGCUCGCCGAGAACACCGACGUUAUUGACGUCAAGGAUUGUGAUCCAGAAUCGUUCACUGAAUUUCUAAGAUUUGUCUAUUGUGACCAAGCCAAUUUGAAUUCUAAUAGUGUUUUGGGUGUCCUUUAUCUGGCAAAAAAGUAUAUAAUACCCGUUUUAGUGAAAGAAUGUAUUUCAUACUUGAUGGAGAACAUCACAAUUGAUAACGUGCUUGAGGUUUUGCAUUGCGCCAGAUGCUUUUCUGAAGAAAAGUUAGAGAGACACUGUUGGUCACUAGUCUCUCGUAAAACACUUGCUGCUGUAAACACUGAAGCAUUUUUGGAGGUUGAAAAAUCACUUCUUACUUCUAUCCUUAAAAAAGACAGCCUUACGAUAAAUGAAAUUGAUUUAUUCCAUGCUGUUAAAGCUUGGUCGGAGAAAGAAUGCUUGAGAUCUGGCCUUGAAGUCAAUGAUAUCAAUGAGAAGACAGUUUUGGGUGACCUGAUCAACUUGAUUAGAUUUCCUGUUAUGUCAGCAAAGGAAUUUGCAGAGGGUCCGGCAAGAUCCAAUGUUUUAGAUGUUAAAGAUAUCAAAGAUAUAUUUAUUUACUUGAAUGCUGGUAUAGUUGAUACACAUAAGUUUUCAUUGACAAAAAGAGAUUGUAGACCAUUUUCAUGUCAGCGAUACAGGAAAGUAAUGCGCAAUUACCUAUGGAGAUAUGAUGAAAGAGAUAUUGAUGGCAUCAGGUUUAAAGUUAGUGAAGAAAUUCACCUAGCUGGUGUUGGAUUGUAUGGUUCACCUUGUGGUGGGGAAUAUUCCGUCAAUAUUGUCUUAUCAGAGGAAUCAGAAGUUAUAUUAACCUUAGAAGCAACAUUCACAUGCCCACCUGAUCCUGAGUUUAGCAGUGUUGAAUCACCACAGAUAUUUGACAUUCUGUUCGAUGAAGAACCCAUGAAGCUAAAGGAAAAUGUAUUUUAUUCACUUUGUCUUUUGAUAGAAGGCCCUCCAUCUUUUGGUGGGGACGAGGGUCAAUCAGAAGUUGUUACUGAAGGAGUAAAGUUCAGCUUUGAGAACAGUGGAGAGUCCACAAAUGGUACAAGCUUUGAUGAAGGUCAAAUACCAACCCUACUAUUUUUCUUUUGAUGUUCUGCAGUACACUGAUAUGCACUCAGAAUUGGUAUUCAGACUGUAUUUUAAAAAGGUUACUUCUAAUUUUAUGAUUAUAAAAGGUUCUAAUGAAUAUGUACAUAAAGCUAAGAUUUAAUCCAGUUUUACUCUUUUAUUUUUGAGCAAACUGCAUGA